GUGGUGUGUGUGAUAAAAAAAGAGAAAUAAAAAAAAUAGAAAAAUACCUAUAAUAAUUUAUAGAUAUAUAUUCUUAAGUGAAAAAAUGUGUUUAUAAUUGUUUACCUAAGGUUUAUUGCAUACUUAAAACAUAACAGUGUCAUAGAGAAAACCAUAAUUUUUAAUUCUCAUUUGCGUUUGUGGAAGAAGUCAACGAAAAUUUUAAUACACAAUACACAUAAAAGUUCAACACAAAAAAAGUAAGGUGACAAGUGCAACUGAACAAACAGCAGCAGCAUAAGCAGAGAAGCAGCAAGGAGCCACAGAUGGAAAAUGUCAUAAAACCAUAGAUAUCUUAAACACAUUGGGGAUUUAAUUGUACACAAAAGGAAUUGUCCUUUGAAACACACACACACAGGCACACAUCAUGCUAUCAUAAAAUAUUGUGAAAAAUUAUAAAUCACUCUUGAUGCUGGGCUAAUGAAAAAACCACCCACUCAAUAUGAUUGUCUUAAAUAGAACUAAACUUUGAAGGCGAAUGCAAAUCAGCUACUAACUCCCAUGCCUGGAGAUUGGAAAGCUACGUGGAGAGUUUGUGAAAGAACACCAACUAUAGAGGUUUCUAUACCCCUUUUGAAAUAGUCACCCCCCAGAAAAAUACAUCUCUGGACCAUAUCACUUUAGAUAGCCAAGAUAAACAAAGUGAAAGUCCAACAAAAUGGGUGCAAGUGCAUCAUCCGGCAGUAGUUACCCCUCAGUGAUGACCACUUCACAACAGAGUGGCCAUUCAUCGGGUAUUGGUGGUCUGCCUCCGGGUCAAAGUACCAGUUCCAGUUUAUUACUGCCAACAACGGGGGCCAAUUCACUUUUGUCCACCUCCAUGGGUGGAUUGGGCAGCGUCGGCAGUAGCAGUGGUGGUGGUGGUCCACACUUCCGCGAACAUCGACGAAAACGUGUGACGGGGUUUGCCACAUUAAAGCGUAAAUUUAUAAGACGGCGACGUUCUUCGAAGGCCUGUGAUCAUGCCCGAGUUUUGAGAGAUUUUGUAUCAGACUGGACGCCGUUGGAGUUAGCUGCGCUGUGUGAAGAAUAUGAAGCCUUAUCGGCACUGCGGGAUUUAUCGAUGCAAGCUGAACUGGCCCGUCCACCUGCUACCACAUACAAACAAGAUCUUGCAGCUCUUUUUGAAACGAAGACUUGUACAGACUGUGAUCUCGUCUUCCGUGGCGCCAUAUUUCCAGUGCACCGUUGCAUACUUUCAUCGCGUUGCACAUAUUUUCGAGAUCUUUUGGCCGGUUGCCCCGGCUUUGGAGCUCGUAUAUGUCUCGAGUUACCCGCCUCGCCCAUAGAUGUUCAAAUGUUUGCCUCAUUGCUGCGAUAUCUCUAUACAGGAGAUCUGUGUCCACAUGAUUCUAGUAUCGACAUUGGUCUACUGCGACAGUUGGGCGAUGAUUUCGGUACGCCAAAUCCAUUGGAACAUGAUUUGCGAUACUUGCUGGAGACUGGCGAUUAUGCCGAUGCCGCCUUAGUGUUCACCUCGGAGAAUUGUGGUGCAGGUAGUGGUGUUGGUGGUGGUGGUGGAGGAGGCCUGUUGUCCAGUGGCAGCGGUAUUGGUGGUCUUGGUACAUCACUUGGUGCUUCCGGUGUCUUGGGUGGCAGCGACAUCUUCAAUCGUCCCGAUUCGGGCAAUUCGGAGUAUGGGUUCCGCCCUAAACUCGAAUUACCCUGCCACAAAGCGAUACUCAGUGCCAGAUCGCCGUUCUUUCGUAAUCUCAUUGCUAGGCGAACACGCAACAUGGACGCCGAAUAUGCCGAACGGGCAUUGCAUGUGCCCACGCGUAUAGUGCUGGAUGAAACCGUGAUACCAAAACGUUAUGCUCGUGUUCUUUUACAUGCCAUUUAUUUGGAUACCGUAGACUUAACAUUAAUUUUAAGGGGUGCCAACUCUGGUACUACAGCGGCUGGUUCGCUGGGCGAAGUACAUGCACUGACGGCGGGCCGUACUAGGCCAACACCUUUGGAGGAGGCCAUGGAGUUGUAUCAAAUUGGUCGAUUCCUAGAACUGGAUAUUUUAGCUCAAGGCUGCGAGGAUCUCAUAUUGGAAUGGUUAACAUUGGACACAUUGCCAACGGUGCUCAAAUGGGGUAGCCAGCCUCAUGGUUCAGCGUGGGUCUUUCGUCAAGCUUGCCAAUAUUUACGCGAAGAAUUCUCAGCGGUCAUCUCAUCACCCGUACUCCAUCAACUCGACAAAUCACAACUCAUACAUGUUCUACAAUCGAAUUUCUUGCAGGCUUCCGAAUUGGAAGUGCUCCAGGCUGUUCUCAAAUGGGGUGAACAAGAGCUUAUACGACGCAUGGAGGAUCGCGAACCCAACUUACUUUCACACACUGCCCAUUCGGUAACACGCAAAGGUGUUAAGAAACGUGACUUAAGUGAUGUCGAACUAAGAGAGAUACUGUCUGAUCUCCUGCCGUUGGUGCGGAUGGAUCAUGUUCUGCCGCCUAACAGUGAGGUCUUGGCACAAGCCAUACGACGUGGUUUGGUCAGCACUCCUCCCUCGCACAUGAUUGGCGAUGAGAGGGAGAAUCUGCGUGUGAAUGCCUGGAUCAGAGGUGGCAAGAAUCAAGGCCUCUUUGUUAGGCCUCGUUUAUUUAUGCCCUAUUUUGAGGAAAUCAAAGCUUUGCUGGAGGACCGCAUGACCUCGUCGCACCAUCAAGCAGAGCUAAUGAGAAUGCGCCGCUCUCGCCAAAUGCCUGAUAUACCCGAUACAUUGUACAUGGUUUCUCGUAUGAAUGCUGCUUCCAACAGUGGUGUAGGCAAUUCCGGUGUGGGGACGGGAACUGAUACUGUAGAUAUUUUGGCUGCUGCGGCAGCCAUACCACCACCAGAUACUCAAACCUUAGCUGCCAUGUUGAAGAGAGAACACAAACUAAGGCAAUCACAGCUGUGCCAACGGGCCUUUCAUUUGCCUCUGUCGUCCAAACAUGAAAUCGAUCGACAAAUACGCCUUCGUGUGGUGAGGGAAUUCAAUUUGCCAGAUGCUGUGUCCGAUCUGCUGGAGACCUCAUUGCUUGGCAAUCCACGCGGUGCAAUGCAAGAAGAAGUACAAAACAUGGCUGAUUCCACAACGACGGUGCAAUCGGUGGAUGAUUGUUGUCUGCUGGAAGACGAUGAUCAAAGUCCUCCGCCUUCGCCGGCGGCGGCCUCUGCAGGUUCAGUGCCUAGGCAUGCCUCAGCGAUGGGAGCUAGUUAUCUCUCCACCUCAUCGACGGCGACGUCAUGCAGUGGUGCUGCUGGUGCCAGUGGUGGCGGCGGUGGAGAUGCUUUACCCUCUUGUUAUACAAGAAAUUUAACAUUCCCCCGACAGCAUGCGGCCGGUUUAUUAGGUUUGGGCAUGGGAUCUGGCCUACCGCCAAACUUUGCACGACUUUCAGCAUCAGCACAUCAUCGUAACGAUCUGCCUGCCCUUAUCACCGAAGGUGAUUUUCGUGGCUUUGCUCAUGGCAGCGCCAUAGGUCUAGAUAUGGGUGGUGCCGAAGGUGGAGCCAUGGGCUGUUCAGAUGGGGCUAAUGCGGGACAUCUUUCGGAUAUGAUGCCUGAUGUGGCCAUGGCAACUGCAUCAUUGGGCCAACUACAUUUGGCUAAUGCCAGCAGUUCGGCGAGCAGCACAAAUGAUAUGCCCGAAUCGUUGCAAUUAGAUUUGGGAGAUGGCUCAAGUCAUAUGAUGGGAGCAGCACCGGGAGCUGCGGCGGGACCAAUGGGAGGAUUGCGAGGACUGCAGCAUCAAUUACCUCCUAGUAACUAUCAUCAUUUUAUGCAACGUUCAAAUUCACCAUUUGAUGUGUUACGCCAAGGACAACAUUCACCAGCACCUGCGCCACAACAGCAUCCCCCACCUGGGACGUACAAUACUGGACCACCACGUUUCUUAUAGAGUUUGCGUGUGGCCCCCGAUGAGGGCCUUUAUUUUAGCAUGCCUUUUUGACAACAACAAAAAACCAGAAAAAAACAAAACAAGCACAAACCCAACCGCAACCACAAACUACCAGGAAACCCCACAAAAACCUAAGCAACAACAUUACUAAAAAAAUAUAAACAAACAAAAAAAUUUCUUCAUGUAAAAACCAACUCCCCACCCCCUCCCACAAAAAAGUCAACAAAUUUAAACCAUCUCAAAUAAAAAAAAAACAAACACCAUACAAAUGCCUGCCCUUUAUCUAUACUAGUCUAUCAUCCUCUACGUAAUUCAAACAAAACAAAAAAACCAAACCUAAAAAUAUUCUCAGCUAAAAUAAAGUACACGCGCUCAAAACAACAACAAUUAACAAAAUAUAAAAAAAACCAACAACAAUAACAAACAAAAAAUAUCAUCUCUAAGAUGAGAGAGAAGAGAAAAAAAGACGAUUUAGUUCUCUUGAUUUGUAAACUGAAGUUAUCUGUAAAAAGAAAAAAAAAGAAACAAUACAACAUAAAUGCCCAUGCCCAUGUUCAUGCCCACAUAACUACCCACAUCAUGCAUUACAUAAAAACAAACUGAAAUAAACUUCUGGUCCCAGCCCUCAAAAUUCCCCAUUUCACUUAACUUCAUAACCUUUCCCUUUACUCACUACUUCCCUUCUCCAUCCAUGCCCCCUCCCCGCCUCUUCUCAAUCUAUAUAAUAUAUAAAUAUAUACAUAUAAAACUAGUUUAUAAUGUUGUUUAAUACAUACAUAUAUAUACAUAUAUUUUAAUUUUCAUUCGAUUUAAUAGAUUUUAGUAAUUUAUAUAUUGAUUGAUUGAUAAAACAAAACAAACAAAGGAUAACGAAAAACGUUGUUAGCAAAUAUUUUUAUUGUAUUUAAAUUAAAAAAAUCAGAAACAGAAAACAAAAACCUAAUCUGGAGUAAGAAAACAAACAAACAAGAAUUAAAAAUAAAAUUUUAGUUGUAAAAACACACACACAAAAUAAACAAAAAAAAAAAAAUACCCAAAAUAUGAAAUGAACAAAAUUUGCCCACUCCUUUGAAAAUUGCGUUUGAAUUACACUCUCUUAUAAAAUAAAACAAAUAAACAAAAACAAAAAAAUAUAGAAAAACAAAAAAAGUUAAA